AUGGCCGAAAGGACCGUAAUAUACGACAUCCACGAUUUUUGUCCCCCCCCAACCGCGACGUCGCGCGUUCGUGCGUGUUACGGUUUCUUUGCGCGCGCCGACCGACCGGGCGCGACAUCUCGCGCGGCCGACAUCGUCGCGCGCCCGGCGAUGUCGACGUCGGAUCUCUCCGACGUCGAGACCGCGCGCGAGGCGCGCGCGGAGUCCGGUCGCGCCGCGUGCGCGCGCGUGCUCGCGACGCAGCGCGACUACUACCGCGUCCUCGAACUCCCGCGCGCGGCGAGCGCGGCGGACGUGAAGAAGGCGUACCGAAACCUCGCGCGCGUGCUGCACCCGGACAAGUGCGAUGACCCGCGCGCGACGGACGCGAUGGCGAUCGUCACCUCGGCGCACUCGACGCUGACGACGCCGGCGCUGAGGGCGGCGUACGACUUGUACGCGGCGCGCGUCGACGUCGGCGACGCGAACGCGGAUUCCUUCGGCGAGUGGCAGAGCAAGGAAGGCGCGGCGGCGGUGCAUCUGCCGCCGUGGUUGAUCAAAGCGAUGGCGACGCCGGUGUUGGCGCAACUCAUCGGGUUCUUGGCGCUGGUGCUGUUGUUGGCCGCGGCGGCGUUGGCGUUGGCGUUGGCGUUGGCGUACUUCGUCGUGCACAUGGCGUUUUGGUUCGCGUGCUGUUUCGGGUGCUGCGGCUCGUGCUGGCCGCGUUACGGCAUGGGCGCGCGCGUUCACGCCAAGCGUCAGGCCCGUUUCACGGAGAUGCUCAAGGAUUACGAGCGCGCCGCGAUGGAGGCGUCGGCGCGCGGCGACGAGGGACCCGCGCCGACGGUUUUCUUCGCGCAGUGGAACGUCGACCACCCGGAGCCGGAUUGGGUCGAGCGCAUUCGCGAGGAGGACCGCGCCGAGGCCGCCGCGCGCGCGUCGCCGGCGUACGGCGCGACGUGA